AUGGAAGUUGCAGGCUUCGUUAUCGGUGUAGUCCCGCUUGCUUUCGAUCUGUUUGACAAUGCCGUAAGGUUGUUCAAGUUCAUCGGAACCCUUGUGGACAUGCCCCAGGAUUGCGAGACUCUAAGGCUACAGCUGCUUAUUGAGUAUAAUCGGAUUCUGGCUUGGGGGAAAGCAGCGGGUCUUGUUGAAGUCCCCGAGGGAUCCCACCUGGGAGUCGCACUUGGGACGAACGCAACAGAGUUGUGCGCCAUUGUCGCUCGAGUCGGGUGGCUACUGGCCGAGUUCAGGGACCUCAAUGCCCGCUACGAGAACGAGCUCAACCCCUACAAGAAAGAUGACCGUGACGUCGUCGAAGCAAAAGCCACAGAUGUUGACCUGGUAAAGCAGGUAUCUGGCCUUGCUGUCUCGUACGAAAAGGAGAAGAUAGGGCGCAAAUAUUCCAAGGGGACCGGCCAUCUCCGCGGUUUCUUCUCCAGAGUUACCCACAACACGAAGGAGAUAGUCACCCACCCCCGCCGAGUCAGAUGGGCAGCGGUUGAUAAAGAGGCCUUCGAGGCUCUCCUGAAAGAUCUCCAUGCGUUAACCGAACGUCUCCGCGAGUUGAUGGGGGAUCACAGGGAGAAAGCCAUUGAUGAGAUCACCGCCAAGACCUACAGAGAGAUGGUCCUCGCUCGGAACGAAAUCCAGGAGCUCCGGGCCAUGUUGGGUGCUGUGACCGGCCUGAUAGACGCGUCACCCACGAGCCGCGACAGUAGAAGAUCUCGCCGCAACGAUGAGGUGUUUCGAGAUAUGCUUAAGCUUAAAGAGAUCAGCCAAGCGUCGGAAGAUAUUCUGUCCCAACUCAAGGAUAACUCAUCGCUGGACCCGGGAAUGAGCCUCGCCAGCCUUAUGACGGUACCGCGGUUCCCUGCCACCGCAUUCGACGACGAACUUUUUUGGAACGAAGAAUAUGAGCCAGAAGCACUAUCCCGACCAAGAGCUGUCCUAACGACGGAGGACGACGACGACAUCCUCGUUUGGAUCGAAUGGAAGAACUUGGGACACAUAGUACCAGGGUCUUCUCAGGAGAGAGAGGCAAGAUUGCGAACUGAGGCGCUGGCAGAGAUGCUGCACAAAGUCAAGCCGCAAGCCCUGUGCCUGCCUUCUUCCAUUGGGUAUUUCGACGACCUGCAGGUCUACGGUGCCCGACGACACGCCUGGGUCUUUCAGAUGCCCGACGACUCAGAUACCUCAACAACGAUCAAGUCUCUCUACGACAUACUUGGCGAUCGUCAGUAUAAGCCGACUUUGUCCCAGCGAAUCUCGCUUGCGUCCAAACUCGCAUCGACGGUGCUCUACCUUCACACCGUCAACUGGCUGCACAAGGGCAUCCGCAGCGACAAUGUGAUAUUCCAUUUCGACCGCGAGGACGAGUUUGAUCCGGAGAAGCCUGUGCUCUCCGGGUUCGACUACUCGAGACCGCAGAGCUCGGGUACGACGUCUCGGGAGGUGGAUGACCAGUGGAAUAUCUACCGAUGGCCUGAUGUCCAGCAAAACGGGCAGGGGCAUGGCCCAUUCAGGAAGACCUACGACAUCUACGCUCUGGGACUGGUGCUUUUGGAAAUCGCUCACUGGCUGCCCCUUCACAAGAUCCUAGCCCUGAAAAGCUGGCCCAACGUAUCCCUGCCGGAUUCCAAAAAGGUGCGCGGUUGGCUGCUUGGGACCGAGACGGACGCACACUUCCAAGGGCCCAACCCAGCGGAAGAGCUGCGAAACGUGGCCGGAGAGCGAUAUUGGGGCGCCGUGGCAAGAUGCCUCGAGGCCCACGGAGAAAAGGGCUUGGGCGUCGACGAAGCUGAGAAUCAGUCAAAGGACUCCGAGGUGGGCACCAAACUACAGGAAGCCUUUUCCAAGCUCGUCGUCGAGGAGUUGAAGUCCGUCGACGUCUGA